GCAAACCAAAGGUCACAGUGCUCAGGGAGUAUGGUACAAACCAGUAACAUCACCUUCCAGUCUGAAGUGCAUUUUGAGUUAUUAUGCCAUUGAGAUGAGUAACAUUUCUGUUGGGCUAAACCUGUUGGCCCAGAAUCACAGUUAUCAGUACUGGCAGCAUAUCUCCCACCAAAUGUGUUCUUGUGAGCAAUGUCAGUUCCCAUUUCUUGGAAGACUUAAUGAAGCCUCAGCUUCCGGUGACAUGCAGCAGACUUGCAGGAAGGCCUCAUGUGGGCGGUGUCCCUGGGAUGAGCCUGACCCUUAUCUUGCCAGCCAGCUGCAAGGGGAUUAUCCGGGAACACAGCUAUGCACACACUCUUGCACUGGCUGGACUGCCUCAAGCCCUUUCUCUUGUGUUGUAAAGCCAGCAAGAAAACAAGGAUUGAACUGCUCUGGGUUGGAAGACCAUGAAAAUUCCUUCUCCUAUAGUGAGAGACCAAGAAUUUGCUCUCUUUUAACUCUGUUCUUUUCAGAGCUCUCACGUCUCUGGUAGAGGACACCAAAUUCACCCAACUUUAGAAACAUCUUCAGAACAAAACAACAAACGACCUUGUCUGUGGUGUCAGUCCUGGAUUGCGUGGUGUUUGGUCUCUGCCUCAUCCAGUCUCACCAGGGAAGUGUUUGUAGAUGAAAAUGAACGGUGGAAUACUCUUGUCCCUUCUCGGCUUCCUCCCACUUGUGACACCCAUAUGUCCUGCUCCAUGCAAGUGCACCACCAACAUUACUGACUGCUCAUUGAAAAACCUGACUGUAGAAAAUCUGCCCAUUGCUUUCCGUCCUUCAGCUGAAAUCAUCCACCUCGGUUCCAACAGGCUCACCUCUAUUCCCAAUGGGCUCUUUGACAACCUGGGGAGCCUCCAGGUGGUCUACCUGCAGGGCAACCCUUGGGAAUGCACCUGUGACAUCCUCUACUUGCGCUCCUGGCUCCAGUGGCAGCAGAACCGGAGCCAGUACAGGGAUGUGAGGUGCAGCUCCCCGGAGCACCUGCAGGGCCGGAUCAUCGCCUACCUGACAGAAGAUGAGAUCAUCUCCACAUGCCAGCACUGGUACUGCAGCCUGGCUCUCCUCUCUCAGAUCUCUCUCUUCAUCCUCCUUUUUCUCCAGGGUAUCUUGGUUAUCUUCAUCAUUGUCUACCUGCAGAAAUUUCGGAGAAUGACCGCUGAAGCCCGGAGCACCACCCGAGAGCUAGACCAGUGGGUAGACCCUUGGGCAUCUUCUUCAGUAAACCCCUCCAACAAUGAUUAACAUCACAAGACAGUGGACCCUCCUCCCUUUGGAGGACACCGUGUCAAAGUCCUGUAGUUUGUGGUACCCAGAGGGGACAAUUCAGUACAGCAUCUAAUCCUGACUGCAGUCUGAAGCAGGAUUUGAACUGAUCAGACACUUGCUGUGUUCCUAAAGAAUCAAUCUUCUGUUUUUUCAAUGCUUUUAAUUCUUCAGCAUGAUCUUGACUGCUUGUCUGAGCUGGAAGUGGUUUGAUAUACUAAGGAAGUCAUAAACUACAGCAACCAGAACUGACUCAAAUAGCACAUAAGCUCAUACGGGCUCCUGUGCUUGAUCCCUCCCCUCCUACUGUAUUCCAGCCAUAUUUCCCAGGAUGCUUCUGGUUGUGCUGGGUCAAGUGAGGACAGAGGUGGGCAGUGAACUGUUUGAGUACUGAGCUAGGACAAUACACUGAGCUAGGAGAAAUAGAGUUUCCUUCUAUUGCCACAGACAGCAUUAAGAGCUUUCGACUAGAGAUUUAGUCUUCUCCUGCCUUGGUUUCCCAAGUAAAAGGGAAAGGAAAUACCUUCUUGCUUGAUGCAUCUUUUCCGGUGUUCUUCUGGGGAGGGAGGGCAUGUCUAGAAGCCCACUCAUUUUACCUUAUCUGAAUUCCUUUUAAUCUACUUGAGUUUUAAUACUGACUUAAGUGAGUGAGACUGGGGCCCUGAAUCUUUACAAGAAAUUCAUCCUGAAGACGAGAAUUGUUUGACUGUGCCUGUAUGGCACCUGGCAUGAGAGAUCUGGUCUUGAGAGACUCAAACUGCAAACUCCACUGAUGUGCCUACUGCUGUUUAUAGUGUCCCUUAAUUGUUUUUGAAAUAAAGCAAAAUCGAAAUAAAA